AUGGAAGACCGACUGAGGCCCAGCUUGCGCGAAGGGCGGACGACGUCGAGCUUGAGAUCAGCAGCGCUCGGUGUCCAGUCUGCUCGGCGUAUCGCGUCUGGCGCCUCUGCCCAGUCUGCCAAAGCGAGUGAAAAUGCAGGCAGACGACAUUAUGCGUGGGUGCCGCAGUACUCUGACCAAGGUAUCGAUCCACGCACAGCCCAGCUUGAUGACUUGGAUCAGCCCAUCCAUGUCUGCAUCGUCGACUACUCCGACACGCGACACGAUGAGAUGCUGCUCUCCAAUCAAGAGGCGAUAGAGCAUUUGCACAAACCUCGUCCAUCCUGGAGCAAAGUCAGGUACAUCAACGUCUCGGGACACUCCUGGGAUGUCCUCAAGACGCUCGCGCUCAAGUAUGAGCUCCAUCCGCUCGCGCUCGAGGACACCCUCCACAUUUCAGAGACGCGUUCAAAGUCUGACUACUAUGCAAAUGCGCUCUUUCUGAACAUGCACAUCUUUGCGCUACUGUCUGAAGGCGGAGACAGCGCGAUGGAACCCCCGCCAAGCUAUUCGGCUAUCGCUCGACCUACUGUGGUCGCAAAGAAUCAGAAUCAUCUGCUUGAUCGGCUCCGAAAAGGUGCCCGCCGACCAGCAGCCGCUUUGCGCAAGGACUCUUCGGACCCUAGCUCGCUAGAGGCUGCCAGCGCGGAGGAGACCCUCGAGCAAGAGCCGGCGACGGAGGAGCAAACGCGACCGGACAAGACACGUUCGUCAAACUCGCGUAAGGAUGGACUCGCUCGAUCCGUCUUUCAGCCGCGCGUCUCCGAGACUCGCAAGGAUAUACUCAAAGUCACCAAGGCAUAUCGCGUACCGUACGAGACAGAGCAGCUCUCGAUCUAUCUUCUCAAGGAUGGCACACUCCUCACCAUCUUCCAGAACGAUAUCGAUCCUCAGACGGGCAUCGAUCCGCUCAUAGAGCCCAUCUUUGAACGGUUGAGGGACAAGAGCUCGCUUCUGCGAACGAGCGAAGAUCCGAGCUUACUCCUCCAAAGCGUUCUCGAUGCCGUCGUCGACAGACUGGUCGACCUUUGCGAGGCUUUCAGACAUCACAUCAAUACCGUCGAGGACCGUACGCUCAUCAGAGCAGAGACAGAUUCCGUCAAGCAUCUCUUCGUACUUUCAAACCAAAUCCUCACUCUCAAGCGCACGCUCACACCCAUCCACUCACUCAUUCGAGCACUCCAAAGAGACGACGAAUCGAGAGCGGCGGCCGUGCUGCCCGAAUCCGCUCACAGGGAGCGUGACCAAGCUCUUCGAGAUGGCAGAGGCCACGAGCUGCCUCGUAUCGGCUACGUCAGUCCUCGUGCUCGCCUCUAUCUCGGCGAUGUGCUCGAUCACAUGGAUUCCGUGCUUUCGAGCCUCGACCUCUUUGGCUCACAAUGUCAGCAACUCGUCGAUUAUACUUUCAAUAUGCUAAGCUUCAACACAAACGAGAGCAUGAAAGCACUUUCUAUGGUCACCAUCGUGUUUCUCCCUCUCGGUUUCCUGACUGGCUACUUUGGCCAGAACUUUAUGCAGUUUGCCGAGAUACAAGGCUCGGUAACCUACUUCUGGCGCAUUGCGAUUCCGUUGACGAUCGUCAUCGUUGCUCUGUUCAGCGGAAGCUAUAUCCUUCGUCUGAUUACCAGUGCAUUCCGCUCCUAUCGUCGCGAAGCCAAGUAUCGAGCUCGACGCAAGCUAGCUGCUCAGGAUCGUGCCCGGCGAUAG